UGACGUGCAGCUGUGAAGACAGAUGUUUUUGAGCGCCUCACGAUGGCGGACAAAGCUGGAUGAGGCUCAGAGGACAUGGUCGAUGUCUUACUGGGAUGUGAUGUCUCGUUUCUGACGACACACCAUGUCUCAAACAUGCUUUGUCCUCAUCGCCGCUGCACUGCUGGUGGUGCAGCUUUGCAUGGGUGAGAAGUCCUGCACCAUCUGGUCCAGCGCUGGAGCCGUGGUGCAGCGAGACACCAGUUUUAAGGUGUACUGCACCUUUAACUGCAAGUGCAGGGGAUCCAUGUACAGUGGCCACCCGUCCACACCACAAAAACACACUGAGCUGAAUUCUACAACCAUAUAUUUUAAGGUGGUGAACAUAACAAAGAACAGGACAUACAGCUGUCAGUGUAACUGUUCUCCUACAUUGGACCCCUGUGGACUGGACAUCUUCACUGGGUAUGUACCAGAUCGUCCUAAAAACCUGUCGUGCAUCUACAAGGUCUUAAAUAAUAAAAGUGGAGAUGUGCUCUGCACUUGGAACAGAGGAAGGCACACUUAUCUUAGAGACAAAACAGAGCUGUGGCUGAGAACUGUAGCAGGAAAUCACACGAGUGAACCAGAGCGACACAAUGUCUCCAGUAAGGGAACUGGUUCACUGUCCAUUAGGUUCACUGUCCUCAGGUCUGUGCAGUUCAUCUACGUGUGGGUUCAAGCCCACAAUGAACUGGGCCCUGUGGUGUCUGCCACCGUUGACUACACCCUCGCUGACAUCGCAACGCCGUCACCUCCUGUUCUUGGUCAACCAGAGUGCUCCUCCCGGGAGUGCGUUUUCACAGUGGAGCAGCCUGUGAGGACUCAGCACCUGCAGAUCCAGUACAAAGCAGCAGAACAGACAUGGACAUCUUACCCAGAUCAAGUCACAAGGUCUUCCUCACACAAACUCCUUUCAAUCCCUCCUUCUCUUCUUAAACCUAAAGGGAGCGUGCAGAUGAGUACAGUUCAGGCUUGGUCCAUCUCCUCUCUGGAGCCCUACAGUUUGUACCAUUUCAGAGCCCGAUCCAGAUUCAGCACCGGCUUGUGGAGUCAGUGGAGCACAAACACUUCCAGCAGGACUCAGGAGGAGGCUCCUGCAAAAGAGUUGGACGUAUGGUACGCUGAGUCUGCGUUUGACUUAAAAUCCCUGAGAGUUUACUGGAAGGAGCUGCACAUUUCCAUCGCAAGAGGGAAGAUCCUAGGGUACAGAGUCAGAGUUUACCGUCCAGAUUCUGGACUGGACCUUGUCACUAACUUCAGCCGGGAUGCCAGGAAUUAUUCUGUCCCAACUUGUGCUAACUGCGAAGUGACUGUGUGGGCUCGCAACUCCAAAGGGUUGUCGCCUCCUGCUACAAUCACAGCACAUCACACAAAAGCCAAGUCCUCUCAGGAUGUGCAAGUAACCACUGGCAACCACAAUGUCACCAUCUCCUGGAGGGAGCCUGAAACUGCACUGUUACCAGCGUCCUAUGUGGUUGAGUGGCACCCAGAGGGUCAGAAGCUGGAGGAACUCAGAUGGGUCCGACUGGGCGGCAGUGACGACCAUGCAGUCAUCACAGGUAUUAAGCCAUUUGAAUGCUACGAGGGGGCAGUGUAUGUUUUCUAUAGCGACAGCUCAGUGACCAAGAUGAUGUUUUCAGGUGUCACAACUUUGGAGUCAGCCCCAGAAGUUGGUCCUUCGUUCCAAGAGACGGUCGAGGGACAAAUAGUGAAGGUGACCUGGACGGAGCUUCCCAGGAGCAAGCGGAGGGGCUGUAUCACCAACUACACCAUCUAUUUAGAGAACAGCAGUGGACACCAGCAGCAAUACUCCAUACCAGCAUCGGACAGGACAUAUGUGAUCCAGCCCCUGUCUCCUUCCAUCUACAGCCUGUGGAUGACUGCGUCCACCGCUGAGGGAGAGGGGCCUGUGGGUCAACAAAUGAAGUUCCUAAUCCAGCAGGGAACUCUACUGACCAACGUCCUUGUGUUUGGUGCCAUCUCCCUGAUUGUGGUUAUAGUGUGCCUGUGCCAUUUUUCAGCAGUAAACCAGAAGUUCUGGGUGUUUUGCCAGUGCCUCAUGCUCGAUGUUGUCCCAGAUCCUGCAAACAGCAAGUGGGCAAAAGAGUGUACCCAUGAAAAGGGCAAGAUGAACCUCCAGCAGCAGCGCAGUAACUCCAGUACAACCGAGGAGGAGGAAGAGCCGAUCCUGGUCGAUAUUGAGGAGAUGCCCAGGCAGAGCGGUGACAUCUCCACAUCUACAAAUGCAUCCUCGCAACUCCCUCCUCAGAUCAGCCUGAGCUUAGACGUCACGCCACCGUACCCUGCGACCACCUACAUCAAGAGCCUCUCCCAGGAUUCUGACAGCUCCGACCACACACAGAGCACAACUGUCGACUACAUCUCAUCACACGGUCUGGGAGAUAUGGAGGAGGAUCAGGAAGAGGAGGAUCAGGAAGAAGAGGAGGAGGAGGAGAUGCUGGGUUUCUUCCCCAGUCACCACCUCUUCAGCGGGCCCAUGGGCUUCGGAGGAAAGUUAACUCUGGACGCGGUGAAAAUUGACUUCUGUAGUGACUUCUUUCAGGACAGCUAAUGUGAAACCAGAACUCUCUGGUGGGAAGAUAAUGAAGGACACAAUAAAAGUUUCAGUGUGUUGUUUGGAUCACACUGGGACAUACAUGAACUACCUCUUUACUUGUUGUAAUCAGAACUGUAAAACAAACAGUCUAGCGCUAAACUAAGCAGGAAUCAUUGACUUAAAAUGUGCUUAAGUUCAAAUUGUAUGCAUUAUCCUUUUUUUUUCAGAAUGGCUAUAGACUAAUACCACUAAUACAUUUCUGCCUGCUUGAAUUGAAAGUUACUAGAAAAAACUAAUAGGAUGUGUAAAGUCUUUUUCUUUACAUUUUCAUCAACAUACUAGAAACAGGAGGAUCAGUCAUAUUCAGAACUGCCCUUAAAAUAUAUUCAACCAAUCACCAUGUUUAGAUAUAAUUUUUACUUUUAUAGAAACUUUUGAUUUGUUAAUUUACUUGUGCAGCCUUAGUCUGAUUUGUCCCUGAAAAUAAAACAUUUAAUCCUU